AUGAACCCAUCCGCGGCAUUUCCCAAGGCCGCGGCCCUCCCCGCGCGCCUGCUUCGGGCUCAACCCCAAUGCUCGACUCAGACUAGUCGUCCAACUGUUUGCACUGCGCCUCAGACACGAGCUUACCAUGCGGGAGCUUCUGCAUCUCCUGCUAGACGGCUGCGUGAUGGUGCCUGCAAAAAGAAGGCCCCAUAUGAGCUCCCGGCCCGGCCCUUUCACUCCACCGCAUCCCUCGCAAUCGCCGAUCCCUACAAAGUCCUUGGAGUAGACAAAGGUGCCUCGGCCGGUGACAUUAAGAAGGCAUACUACGGUCUGGCCAAGAAGUAUCACCCGGAUACCAACAAGGAACCAAACGCCAAAGAUAAAUUUGCUGAGGCUCAGUCCUCCUACGAGUUGUUGUCUGAUCCCAAGAAGCGCGAGCAAUACGAUCAAUACGGCGCCUCUGCCUUUGACCAGAACGGUGGUUUCAACCCGAAUGCUGGAGGCAAUCCAUUCGCUGGCGCUGGAGGUUUCCACGGAUUCGGUGGAGGUUUCGGUGGUGGUGGAUUCGGAGGCGGCUUUUCAGGCGACAUCAACUUCGAAGAUCUGUUCGGUGCUUUCGCCGGUGGUGCUCGUCGGGGCGGACCUCGUGGCCGACGCAACCCAUUCCAGGAGGAGAUACUGGUUGGAGAGGAUAUCGAGGUCCAGAGCAACAUUACCUUCAUGGAUUCCGCCAAGGGUACCUCGCAGGAUAUUGUCAUUACGCCUUUGACGCAGUGUGGAACUUGUAAAGGUGAUGGGUUGAAGUCCGGUGCUAAGAGAUCUCAAUGCAAGUCUUGCAAUGGUUCUGGAACCCGCGUUCAUUUCAUGCAGGGAGGCUUCCAGGUUGCUGCGACUUGCGAUGCUUGUGGAGGUGCCGGUAUGUCUGUGCCUCGUGGAUCGGAGUGCGGUGGUUGUCACGGAAGCGGUGUUGUUAGAGAACGCAAGACCUUAAAGGUGGAUAUUCCCGCUGGCGUGGAAGACGGUAUGCGGAUGAGAGUCUCCGGUGAGGGUGAUAUGCCUCCCACUGGAACAGCCACCGCUCCUGGUGCUCGCACCCAGCGUGGCGAUCUCUACCUCACGAUCCGCGUUGCUCCGGAUCAGCGCUUCACCCGCAACGGAUCAGACAUCCUCCACACAGCAUCGAUCCCUCUUACAACUGCUUUGCUAGGUGGUGAGGUUACUAUUCCUACUCUUGAGAAAGAGGUCAAGGUCAAGGUAGCCACUGGUACCGGUACCGGCGAUCGGAUCACUUUGUCUGGCAUGGGCAUGAAGAAAUUGGGAGGUGGUCGCUCUUCGCGAUUCAGCCCGACGGGUGACCUGAAGGUUGAAUUCAAGGUUGCCAUGCCCAAGUAUUUGACUGGCAACCAGCGAACAAUCCUGGAGGUUCUUGCUGACGAGAUGAACGAUAAGACGGCUCGACGGACUAUGAACUUCAGCAAGGAAAGCCCUCCCGCCGAUACCGACAAGAAGGAUGAAGGGUUCUUGAAGUCCGUGUGGCAUCGACUGAUGGACAAGGACAGUGAUUCCACCAAGUCCGAGUCUGACAAGAAGGAUACCAAGGACAAAAAGGAGGAGAAGAAGGGGGAUGACUCGAAGUCGAGUUAG